AUGAUUAAUAUACGGGAGUACUACGAGAAGGAUGGGGAGAGUUUGCCGGGGAAGAAGGGCAUCUCCCUCCCUGUCGAACAAUUCAAUACCCUGAUCAAGCUCCUCCCGCACAUCGAGACCGUGUUGGCGGAGAAAGGCCAGAGUGUCGAACGACCUGAUUAUAGCGGCGCGGGUGCGUCGGCGGCUAUGGACGAGGACGGUGACGAGGAGGAUGAAGAGGUGGAGGGCAACGGGAAGAAGAAUUUCGAGGAGACGAGUGACGAUGAGUGA